UAGUGUGCACUAGACGGCAGAGUAACCCUAUGGACUACAUUACCCACAAGGCAUCAUGCAGUCUGUGCUGGUUUCCCUAAAUACAGAAAGAGUCCGACCCGGAGAACCUGUCUGGACGAUUGAGGUCUGAGGAGAUACCAGAAGAAAACAACACCUCAGCAGACACACCACACCUCAUCUGCUCGUCUUCUCAAGUCGAUCCAUUCCAGGAAACGUGGAAGAAGUACUUUUAUUGUCGCCUGACAGAGAUUGGAUUGUUGUGCAAUGUCAUUGGCCUUAUGACUGUUAUUUAAGACUGUUCUCCUCCUAACUCCCUCUCCUCUUUUAGGAUAUUUUUUGUUUGUCGCUGCGUUGACGAUCUCACCUCUUCUCUGGUAUCUCUGGGCAUAUACUGUGGGAUGUACUUUGGAUAUACUGACCUUUGAACCAAAGCUAAUUCAAUGAUUUCCUUCUGUUCAGGAUAAUAACCCCAAAUCUCCAGCACUUUUAAAAUGAAUUUCUUCAGAUUCCCAGUCCAGUUGCAGCUGCUGAUCAGUACUGUUCUUGGGCCCUGCUUGGGCCUGGAGUUUACAGGGUCGCAAGGCCAAUGGGCACGCUAUCUCCGCUGGGACGCCAGCACCAGAAGUGACCUCAGCUUCCAGUUCAAAACAGACGUGCCCACUGCCUUAAUCCUGUACUUUGAUGAUGGCGGCUUCUGCGACUUCCUGCAACUCAUGGUGGUCGAAGGGAAGCUCCAGUUGCAGUUCAGCAUUGAUUGCGCCGAGACCACAGUUGUAUUGGACAAGCAAGUCAAUGACAGCAGCUGGCAUUCUGCCACCCUGAGCAGGUACAACCUGAGAACUGUGCUGGUUCUGGAUGGAGUGAGCAAAUCAAGCGAGGUGCGGCCACAGAGGCAGUACAUGAAGAUCGUUAGUGACCUCUUCCUGGGCGGAGUCCCUCAAGAUAUUCGUAUUUCUGUGCUCACUCUCCCGACAGUGAAGGAUCUUCCGGCGUUUAAGGGAAUUAUCAGGGAACUGAAGUACAAUAACAAGGAACCUAUUCUACUAAGUAGCCAGAGGGUUCGCAUGGACAUAGAGGGGAUCUGCAUGGAGAACCCAUGCGAGAACGGAGGAACGUGCUCUGUUGUGGAUGGGGAACCACUUUGUGAUUGUUCUAAGACGGAAUAUGUGGGCCGAUUCUGCAAUGAAGAGGCCAACAGCAUCCCAGGAUUUGCACACAUGAUGGCAGAUCAAGCCAAGGGCAAAGCACGAGAAGAGAACGUGGCCACUUUCCGAGGUUCUGAGUACUUCUGCUACGACUUGUCUCAGAAUCCCAUCCAGAGCAGCAGCGAUGAGAUCACAUUGUCCUUCAAGACCUGGCAAAGAAAUGGCCUUAUCCUUCACACCGGCAAGUCAGCAGACUAUGUCAACCUGGCCCUGAAAGAUGGGGCCGUUUCAUUGGUCAUCAACUUGGGUUCCGGAGCCUUCGAGGCCAUUGUCGAGCCUGUCAAUGGCAAGUUCAACGACAAUGCCUGGCAUGACGUGAAGGUCACACGCAACCUCAGACAGCAUUCAGGUAUUGGACACGCUAUGGUAAACAAACUACAUUGUCUGGUGACAAUAUCCGUGGACGGCAUCCUGACCACAACAGGCUAUACACAGGAGGACUACACAAUGCUGGGAUCAGAUGAUUUCUUCUACGUCGGAGGAAGUCCAAGCACAGCAGACUUACCUGGGUCUCCUGUCAGCAACAACUUUAUGGGUUGCCUGAAAGAGGUUGUUUACAAAAACAAUGACAUCCGGCUGGAACUCUCCCGGCUCGCCCGCAUUGUGGAUCCCAAAAUGAAGAUUCAGGGAGAUGUGGUGUUCAAGUGCGAGAACGUGGCCACUCUGGACCCCAUCUCAUUCGAGACGCCCGAGUCCUACAUCAGCCUACCCAAGUGGAACACCAAACGCAUGGGCUCCAUAUCCUUCGACUUCCGUACCACCGAACCAAACGGCCUUAUUCUCUUCACCCACGGGAAGCCGCAGGAAAGAAAGGAUGCCCGUAGCCAGAAGAACACAAAAGUGGACUUUUUUGCAGUUGAGCUUCUGGAUGGAAGCAUGUACCUGUUGCUGGACAUGGGCUCUGGGACUAUCAAAGUGAAAGCCACACAGAACAAGGUGAACGACGGGGCCUGGUAUCAUGUGGACAUCCAACGAGAUGGGAGAUCAGAGGCAUCCAUUUUGAGCUAUGACGGGAGCAUGUAUAUGAAAGUGGUGAUGCCUACCGUGAUGCACACUGAAGCGGAGGACGUGUCCCUUCGCUUCAUGUCUCAGCGGGCAUACGGCCUGCUCAUGGCCACCACCUCACGUGACUCCGCCGAUACUCUUCGGCUAGAGCUGGAUGGCAGUCGCGUCAAACUCACGGUCAACUUAGACUGUAUCAGGAUAAACUGUAACUCCAGCAAAGGACCAGAAACACUGUAUGCCGGACAAAAACUCAAUGAUAAUGAAUGGCAUACUGUGCGCGUGAUCCGGAGGGGCAAAAGCUACAAGCUAAUGGUUGACGAUGACGUAGCAGAAGGUCAGAUGGUGGGCGAUCACACCCGGUUAGAGUUUCACAACAUCGAGAUGGGCAUGAUGACCGAGCGCCGUUUCGUCUCCAUGAUCCCCUCCAGUUUCAUCGGUCACCUGCAGAGCCUCAAGUUCAAUGGCAUGCUCUACAUCGACCUGUGCAAGAACGGCGAUAUCGACUACUGCGAGCUCAACGCUCGCUUUGGCAUGCGCUCCAUCAUCGCAGACCCCGUGACGUUCAAGUCAAAGAGCAGUUACCUGAGUCUAGCGACCUUGCAGGCUUACACAUCCAUGCACCUUUUCUUCCAGUUCAAGACAACCUCUCCAGAUGGAUUCAUCCUCUUCAACAGUGGGGAUGGAAGCGAUUUCAUCGCUGUAGAGCUGGUGAAAGGGUACAUACAUUAUGUGUUUGAUCUUGGCAACGGGCCCAAUGUAAUCAAGGGCAACAGUGACCGAGCUCUCCAUGACAACCAGUGGCAUAACGUUGUCAUCACUAGAGACAACAGUAACGUCCACACGCUCAAAGUCGAUGCCAAGGCAGUGAGUCAAGGCAUCAAUGGCGCUAAAAAUCUGGACCUUAAAGGUGACCUCUACAUCGCCGGAUUGGGGCCCAACAUGUAUAACAGCCUGCCGAAACUUGUGGCCUCUAGGGACGGUUUUAAGGGUUGCCUGGCAUCUGUGGACCUGAACGGACGCCUUCCCGACCUCAUAAACGAUGCUGUGUUCCGCAGCGGUCAGAUCGAGCGAGGAUGUGAAGUUGGUUUCACCAAAGCAGAUCUACAAGGUCCUAGCACUACAUGCCAAGAAGACUCCUGUGCCAACAUGGGCAUCUGCAUCCAGCAAUGGGAGAACUACACCUGCGACUGUUCAAUGACCUCCUACACGGGGACACAGUGUAAUGACCCUGGAACAACGUAUAUCUUUGGAAAAGGUGGAGGCCUCAUAACCUUUAACUGGCCGGCCAAUGAGCGCCCGAGCACCCGUACGGACAGGCUGACAGUGGGCUUUAGCACCUCACUCAAGGAUGGCAUCCUGAUCCGCAUCGACAGUGCCCCCGGCCUGGGAGACUACCUCAUGCUCCACAUUAAUGGCACCCAACCUGGUUCCUUCCCCUCAGGUAACAGCGAUAAUGAGAGAAUUCAAAUGGCCAAUAAGAAAAUUCCUUUCAAAUAUGCCCGGCCCGUAGAGGAAUGGCUUCAGGAGAAAGGGCGGCAGUUAACGAUAUUCAACACCCAGGCCACUAUAACAAUUGGUGGUUCAGACCGCAAGAGGCCAUUUCAGGGCCAACUAUCCGGUCUCUACUACAAUGGCCUCAAAGUGCUCAACAUGGCUGCUCAGGGCAACCCUAACAUCAAAAUCAACGGCAGCGUCCGCCUGGUGGGGGAGGUUCCCGCCGCAGGUUCAGCCAGAACCACGGCCCUCCCUCCAGAGAUGUCCACCACCUUUAUCGAGACCACCACCACCAUGUCCACCACCACCACGAGAAAACACCGCACUCCACCCACAAUACAGACCACGGAUGACAUGGUCUCUUCGGCUGAAUGCUCCAGUGACGACGAGGACUUUGCUGAGUGCGAAGGACAUGCAGGUGGGCUAGCCAAAAACGUUAAUGCUGCCCGACCGCUUCGUACUGCCUAUACAUGGACAUGGCAACUGACUUACACAAUCACCCCCAUCAUUAUCAUCUCCUAUGUAGUAUGUUCAUAGGUCCAAUUCCCUUGUCACAA